AUGGUGGUGGUUUGCCCUAAAGGUGAUGGUGAGCCUCCCCACUGUCAGGCUCCUCCGUGGGGGGGUGGUGGAGCAUCAAUUUCCUUCCGUGACAAGCUAAUGGAAGGUAAGAUUGCGCCGCCAGCAAAGGAAACUGUGAACCUCAUCGCGCAAGGUAAGAUGAAGAUAGAAUAUGUGAAUGGUAACAGGAUGCUUCCAAAGGUCAUCACGGAUGCGUCUGUCAUCACGGAACUGUGCUCGCCUUGGCAGGAGGCAUUGGUGAUUACUUUGUUGGGGAAAAGGCUGGGUUAUAGAACCUUGAAGUCACGACUGGUGGCCACCUGGAGACUCGUGGGAGAUUUUGAUCUCCUGGAUAUUGAUAAUGGUUUCUAUAUGGUUAAAUUUGAUAUUGCUGCGGAUAGAGCUAAGGUCAUGGAGGGUGGGCCUUGGAUGAUCUUUGACCACUACCUUGCGGUGGCUACCUGGAGUAAGGAAUUUUUGUCCCCUGUGGCCAAGGUGACAAAAACGUUGGCCUGGAUUCGCAUUCCCGGUCUGAACGUCGUCUUUUAUGAUGAGAGUUACCUCCUUGGUGUAGCCUCCGCUGUGGGGAGGGCAAUUCGAGUGGACUCCAAUACGUUGAGGGCAGAGAGAGGGAAGUUCGCCAGAAUUUGCGUAGAGCUCGACCUGACCAUGCCGGUGAUUGGAAAGGUCUGCAUAGAAGGCCAUUGGCACAAGAUUGAAUAUGAAGGGUUGCACAUAAUUUGUUCCCGUUGUGGUUGUUAUGGGCAUCGGACUAGAGAGUGCACGACGGCGCCUCUAGUGUUCAUGCCGUCUCAUCCGGUGGCACCACCUCAGGCCGACAACACAGAGAAGACGGUUACGGGGCAGGACACGCCAAUUAAUGCUCCAGAAGCGGUUUCAUAUGGGGACGUGAUCAUGGGCACGAGUUCAGCGGAGAGUGCUGAAGGGAAAAUGAAUGUUGAGUCCGCAAUAAGUGUGGUAACGUCAGGCCAUGAUGAGGGGACCGAGAUCCUAGGAGAUUGGUUGGUGGUUUCUAGAAAGAAGCGGGGUCCAAAAGCUCAGGCUAAAUCAUUGAAUGAGGGGAAAUCAAAGUCAAAGGAAUUUAAAAAUUCCAACGUGCGGAUUCUCAAUAAAGAGGAUGAGGCAAUCAAGGCAAAAGUGAAGCAUGCGGGUCCCACUAGUACUAAGGAGAAAGUAUUUGUGGAAAACAUUGAAGUGGAAAAUCAAGCGGGCCCCAGCACCAAUAAGGGAAAGAAAAUAACGGCUGGAGGUGAUAUGGGGAAUAUUAGUGGGGUCCACCAUUUGAAUAUGGAUUUUGGGGAAAAGGUAUGGAUUAAAAAAAGGAAGGAGGGUCCCACCUUAGAAUCAAAAGGGAAUUUUAAAACGCAGAACUCAAAAUUUAGUGUGCCAUCAACAGAUUUUCAAGUGGGACGUGUUGACUCUGUUAUUGCGAAUGAGAAGGACACUGCCACAAGAGUUAGAGAUUACUUGCGUCUGCAUGGUGUCAAGCCCCAAAUCAAUGGAGCAGCCUCUUCCUUCAUGGCCAAGGAGAAUCCAGAGGUGGUUUUCCAAGCAGGGAAUAUUUCUGUUAAUGGAACGAGGUCAAGGCCACCAAACGAGAAAGCAGUUAUGGACCAAGUGACGAAGGUUCCGCACAGUGAGCCUGUCCAGGGACCUAAGCUAGACGCUAUUCAGAUCCCCUCUGAUAAGCAAUAA